AUGGUCCAGCACUUGAAAUACCAUCAUAAAUUAUACUACAAUACAGCCUCUAACAAAAUGAGACUGUCCCAAAUGCCUAUUAAUAGUACUGUUUACCUUUAUGCCAAGAAGCUUGGGAAAACACAAAAAUCCACAUCAAAUGCAUAUGAUGUAUGCAUAGGCUGACUUCGAAUUUGUACACUGAGACCCAAAGUUCUUACGAUGUUGUCUAAAACAGAACACCUUGUCAACAGGGCCUACGGUGUCUCCAAGUGUGGUAAAUGUGUUCAUGGUAGGAUCAAGCAUGACUUUCUCAUUAAGGAGCAAAAAAUCAUUGUGAAAAUGUUGAAGAUAAAAGCACAGAGUCAGAGAGCAAAAUAA